GAGAGAGAGAGAGAGAGAGCUCUGGCAUAAAAAAGCAGAGCCGAGACAAACGACACCGAAGCCCCGAGAGAGAGAGGUGAUACCAAAGCUCUGCUGUGUGGUGCUCAAAAUCCUCCACGAAGGAGAGAGAAGCUCCUUCGCGCAAAGCAAUGCCUGUUCGUUACUGAAAUUUAUGCUCUCUUUCCUCUUCUCUCUCAGAUUUCGCAUUUCUUUACUCACCAUUCACUCUUAAAACACGACUCUUCACUCCCUGAAGAAAAACGAAGCUCUAAAGACGCCGAAGAUUUUGCAGAGGAACGACGAGUAGUUUCAGGUAUGCACCUGCAUCUAAACAAAAGAAACCCGUAAGCGAUGCAUUCAUUAACGUGGAGAGGUUUGAAAUGCUAUUGCAGUUUUUCGGAUUUUUCGGCUAAGAAGAGUUAGGUGCCGGCGAUUUCGUCAAAUUUCAGUUGUGAAUGUUCAGAAUUUCCUUGAAAGAUCUGCAAUUGAGCUCAAUUUAUCGAGAGAUCUUGUGACGUAUCUUUCUUAUGUCACUUGAAAUCUGCUCCUCCUCCUGGUACAGUGCUCCAAGUGGAAGAUCCUAGUCCUGCGCGCAGCUUUGAUUUUCUUCUAAUGCGGGGAAAAUUGCAAUUCAGUUAGUGCCUUGAAACUGGAAGUUAUUGUUUUCCUACUUCUUUCUGGAUAUUCUUGUACAGAAAGAACAAAAUAUAAUAAAAGUUUUGUGACUAUUUAAAUGGAAAAAUUCCAUUAAGGAACGACGAUCAGGGGGAAAUUCUGAUUCACGUCGGGUUAACCUAUUGAGGCUUAAGGGGUAAUCUCUGGGGGUGGAGAUGGCAUCCAACUGGGAUCAUAUUGGGGAGAUUGCGAACGUGGCCCAGCUUACUGGCCUUGAUGCUGUGAGGCUAAUCGGAAUGAUUGUAAAAGCUGCAAGUACGGCUCGCAUGCACAAAAAGAACUGCAGGCAGUUUGCACAGCAUCUGAAGUUGAUAGGCAACCUGCUGGAGCAGCUGAAAAUCUCAGAGCUUAAGAAGUAUCCGGAGACCCGGGAACCACUGGAACAGCUUGAGGAUGCACUAAGGAGGUCUUACAUUUUGGUCAACAGUUGCCAGGAUCGGAGCUAUCUCUAUUUGCUUGCAAUGGGCUGGAACAUAGUGUACCAAUUCAGGAAGGCACAAAAUGAGAUAGACAGAUACUUGAAGAUUGUCCCUCUCAUCACUCUGGUGGAUAAUGCUCGAGUCAGGGAAAGAUUGGAGGAUAUUGAGAGGGAUCAACGGGAAUACACAUUGGAUGAUGAGGACAUGCAGGUUCAAAAUGUAAUCCUCAAUCGAGAGCCUUCAAGAAAUGAUGCUGCGAUGUUGAAAAAAACUCUUUCUUGUUCCUAUCCCAACUUACCUUUUAAUGAGGCGCUUCAGAAAGAAAAUGAAAAGCUUCAGUUUGAACUACAACGGUCUCAGGCCAAUUUGGAUGUGCAUCAAUGUGAAGUCAUUCAGCACCUGCUUGAUGUCACAGAGACUGUUGCUGUAAAUUCUCUAGCUGAUAAGAGUUCAAGCUUGAAAGAUCCCCAAAAGGUAGAGCCUAACUAUCCAGACGUUAACAGCAAUGUGGAGCAUUCGUUUGACAAGAGCUACAAGAAGAAAACAGAGAAAUCAACUUCAAGAAACACUUCUUCAGUUUCUUCCAAGCAUGAUCUUCUGUCUACGAGAGGUUUACAUUGGGGUGAUGAAUGGCAUUCAGAUUUGCUCGGCUGUUGUUCUGAACCUUUAUUGUGUAUAAAAACUUUUUUCUACCCAUGUGGGACAUUUUCGAAAGUAGCUACUGUGGCAACCAAUAGGCACAUCUCUCCAGCAGAAGCCUGCAAUGAAUUAAUGGCUUAUUCAUUGAUUUUAUCGUGUUGUUGCUAUACUUGCUGCAUCAGAAGGAAGCUUCGGAAGACGCUGAACAUCACGGGAGGGUUUGUCGAUGAUUUUCUCUCACAUUUUAUGUGCUGUUGCUGUGCCCUUGUCCAAGAAUGGCGAGAAGUGGAGAUUCGGGGUGCUUAUGGUCCUCAGAAGACAAAAACAAGUCCUCCAGCUUCACAAUACAUGGAAUCCUAAGUGAUGAGUUGAUUAGUCACAUCAAUCAUCUGGAAGCUGCAGCCCCUUGUUCUUAAUACCGUACAACACGUCGGUCACCUACAGCUCCACCGUCCUUUUGUUGAAUAAAUGAAGAGGAUGAUGAAGAUGAACUAUUAGUUUCCUCUACAUUUCGCUUUCCUGCUCUGAUGAAACUAUAUUGUGGCGCAUGUAUAUUUGUAUGCAUUUGUGUGGACUUCUUGCUGGUAUUCAUUUGCAUAACCUGCAUUUAGGGUCUCCAGCACGAUGAACUUGAUUUAAGGACAGGUAUAUACUAUAUACACAUGUUUUGACUGACAAGCAAAGACGGGAACGUAUAAUCUUGGCACACAACAUUUUGCUAUUUUGA